AGCAACUCUACGGAAACGGUCCCCAUCCUCUCGCGAUUUUCUGUUCCUCUUUCGCGCGACGGCGCGAGGCAAAUCUCCCCCAGGCGUUCCCGGAGCCGGAGCCGCGGCGAGAAGCGCGCGUCCCCAGGCCUUCGCUCUCCGCGCCGGCGAGACAAAUAGAGAGCAGUGGCGAAGGGGCAGGACCCGGCGGGCGCCUCGUCUCCCGGCGAUCGGCGCGGCCGGCCGCCACGAUGGAUUCGGCUCGCCCCCGGAGGGUUCCCAACAAAUCCCGCCGCCCAGACUGGAGAGAGGAGCUUAGGGCAAAUUGCAUGACAAGAGUUAAAAAUGAGAGAGUUCACUUGCUCUGGAAGAUGAGGAACCAAGGGCAGCCGCCUGCUAAUGACAUGAAAACGGUCGAAUCUGCAGUCAGGAACAUUAUCUCAGAUGAGGUACAGAAACUCAAAAGGAAUGUGAAUGGAAAAGAGGACCAAGAAGUUGAUAUGAUAUGGGAAUAUGAAGGGCCGCAAGAAGCUAUGCCUGCUGAAUUUGAAAGUGAAGAUAUGUUGCUUGAAAUGGAAAGAGUUCUUUAUGAAGAUCUGCGGGAAGAAAUGAUUCGAAAAGAAAUAGAGGCUCUUGAUGAGGAAGAUGCAUACUUAGCUCAGGCUGUUUUCGAACAUAUGCAAUUAAAGGACGAGGGUGUGGAAAAUGCUAAGCUCUGGUGUCCAGUAUGCAAACAAGGAGAGCUACGAGAAACUCAUAAUCUCAUACACUGUACUUUGUGUAAGAUACGGAUUGACCUUGAAGAAGAUAAGGUCAACCUAGAUUUCUUGCGGGAACGGUUGGCUAAUGUCCAUAUGGAGCACUUGGACAGAGGAUGCACAUUGUCACCCAAGUUCUGCUUGCAUGACAUGUUUGGGUUGAAUGCGCUUUACAUCCGUUGCGAUGAAUGCAGCACUUUCGAAGUUGUGGUGUAAGUAUUGCAAUAAGGCUGAUGAUGACCAUAUGAUCAACAUAUGAAGGUUUUGGCAGUUUUCCUGAAGUUACUUGUCAGAAACUUGUUGGAAAAAGGCCCACAUGUACCCAUUGUAAUAUGCUGAGGUGGCCAAACAGUAAAGGUUCCAUACAAAUGUAAUCGCACGUCUGCCUACCUUUCUAGAAUUUCUGCUGUGUACAGUGCAGUGUAAUUAGCCAGUUAAUCUUGCUCAACAUUUCGUUGCCAGCUUACACGACACUAUCAGUGCAUUGACCAGCAUGAAAUGAAAUGCUCUUUUUCUGUGGA